AAUUUACUUAACCAACCUAUUCCUCUGUGAUGCUCUGUUUUCCUCAGGACAAGAGCAUGGCCUCAUACGGUUUCCCUAUUUUCCAUUUCCUCCUCUCCACCGUCCUUUUUUCAAGCAUUGUUGAUGCCGCCGGUUUGAUUGGAGUGAACUACGGCCGCGUGGCCAACGAUUUACCCACUCCCGAUAAGGUGGUGGAGCUUCUAAAAACACAGGGGAUAGACAGAGUUAAGCUCUACGACACCGACGCGGAGGUGCUCACAGCCCUGGCCGACUCAAAUAUAAGCGUCGUGGUUGCCCUUCCCAACGAGCUACUCUCCUCUACAGCCGCCGAUCAGUCCUUCGCCGAUAACUGGUAUAACCUCGAUUCCGCCAUUAAAAUCUCCUCCCCAAUUGCUCUCAGCGCCCUGCAAAGCUCAUACCCGCCUUCAUCCGGGUCGUUCAAUUCCCAAUUGAUUGAACCAGCAGUCAAACCCAUGUUGGAUUUCUUGCGCCAAUCGGGAUCAUAUCUCAUGGUGAAUGCUUACCCCUUCUUUGCAUACUCAGACAACUCGGACAGUAUCUCUUUGGACUACGCUCUGUUCAAGAAUAACUCCGGCGUGGUGGAUUCCGGGAACGGGAAGAAGUACUACAGUCUAUUAGAGGCCCAACUCGACGCCGUUUUCGCCGCCAUGUCCGCCCUCAAUUACGACGACGUGAAGGUGGUGGUAACGGAAACAGGGUGGCCGUCGAAGGGGGACGAGAACGAGAUUGGCGCAGGUGAGGAGAAUGCGGCGUCGUAUAACGGGAACUUGGUGCGCAGAGUUUUGACAGGAAGUGGGACUCCGUUGAGACCACAGGACCCACUCAACGUCUACCUAUUCGCUUUGUUCAACGAAAACGAGAAAUCGGGGCCCACAUCGGAGCGGAAUUACGGGUUAUUUUACCCGAACGAGCAAAAGGUAUAUAGCAUACCGUUAACCCAAUCGGAGCUCCAGAGCGGGGCGUCAACGCCGGUCAGCAGCGGGAACCAGAGUCAGGCUCCGGCCUCCAGCAACGAAUCGAAGACGUCGGUGGCGCAGACGUGGUGCGUGGCCAACGGGAAGGCCGGAGAGAAGAAGCUGCAGGAGGCGCUCGAUUACGCUUGCGGGAGUGGGCGGGCGGACUGCAGUCCGAUCCAACCGGGUGCUUCGUGUUAUGACCCGAACACGCUCGAGGCGCACGCUUCGUACGCUUUCAACAGUUAUUAUCAGAAGAAUUCUCGUGGCGCUGGCACGUGCGAUUUUGGUGGUUCAGCUUACGUGGUCACGCAAGUCCCUAGUACGUUUCCUCCUUUUCCGGUUUUUAAUUAAAUUCUUUUUUGGAAAAUUGAAUUGGUUGUUGAUAGCAUUAUCUGCUCUGUUGAACUUCGGGCAAGGGUAUAAUUACAAUAUUCAUAUGUUACGUAUUUAUAUUAAAAAUAAUAUAAUUAGAAUAUUACA